CGGGACCUCUAAGUCUGCUUGCUUCUGAAGAAAUGGUUAUCAAUUUCGUUUUUGAUCUACUGUGACCCUUUGAGUACAUCGGCUGAUCCGUUAUCGAUAGACAUCAUACGAUCAGAGUCUUUGGUACGUAUAUAUGACGCUUCAUUGCAUAUCUUCUCUUCAUGUUGACGUCCUUCGUCUCUUCUCCCAACCUCUCUUUCCACGAUCUCAGGCUUCGCCCAUAGCUCUCACUCCGAACAUGGACACAUCCCAGUCCAAGCCUUUACGAUGGCGAAAGCUUGCGUUAUGGUCUACACUAUCAUGUGUAGUAGCUCUUGCCUUCGUUGGAUCUUAUCUGCAUAAAAAACCCAAGAGAGGGAGCUCGGACUUCAACAUCGAUCCCCAUUUCGAUCUUCCCAAACCUCCUACCGACUUACCGUACUCGCGGACCAACAAUAUCAUAUGCAUGGUCGCCAUGACUGCUACUGGUCUCAUCGCUGUUCUUCUUGGUGCCCGAGACGCUCGAAGAACGCGAACAUUACUACCUCUGGUACUACCCCUCAGCGGAGCCAUGAUUGCAUUCCCAGAAACCUUCAUUGAUGUUCUGGGGUGUAUAUACUAUCCAUGGACAGACAAAAACGCCUCGUUCCACAUCCUGGGUCGUGAGAUGCCGCCCUGGAUCCCCAUCUGGUUUGGCUAUGGGGCGUUGAUGCAAACGCUCUUACAGCUCUUGCACCAAAAGUCGACCACUAGGACGUUAUGGUGGUUCCUAGGGUUCAUGAUGCUGUCGGAUCUUGUUGUCGAAGAGAUCCUCCUCCCUAUGGGUGUCUAUCACUACUAUGGAAACCAGCCCUUGAUCGUGUUGAAUAUGUUUCCCUGGUGGUGGAUGGCUCCCAAUUCUGUCGGAGUAUUUCUGGCAACUGCCCUUGCCUACCGUUUGCGUAACGUUCUGACUGGUUGGAGAUCGCUUGCUGUGCUCUUUCUCACACCAAUGUCCGUAGGUGGGAUCUACGGAUUUAUUGCCUUUCCGGCUUGGGUUGCGGUCAAUGGUGAUUGGGGAUGGUUUGUGACCGACGUGUUAGGCUGUCUGACACUACUCUUUGGGGUUAUUGCCUUUUGUGGAGUCUUGGAACUGGUUCUCGGAAGGAAUCCAUUCUACCUAGAAGGAGAUGGGGAGCAGGCAAAGGUACUGCCGGCUUCUCCCGAAAGCCUUGACCCGUUCCAAGAUAUCCCUUGAGGGAUUGCGACUCACCAGAGAUCUACGCGCAUCUAUCAUUGCACGGUAUAGGACCUAAGACCAUGAGUAAUGCGAUUUUGGGUGUGUUACCUGUGACUGGUGUUGAUGAUCCACAGUGCGGGAGGCGACAUUCGAUUUU